GUCGAAUUUUAGAGAAAGAUGUGAAAUAUGAGAAUAUGAGUAUAUAAGUUAUCCUGACUAUAUUUUCCGUUACUCUGUCAAGAAAAGAGAGUUAAUUACAUAAUACAUCUGUCUAACAAGUUGGAAAGUUUCAUAAUGUCAGAUACGGAAACCUUAGGAGUAAAAUCAAGAAAAAGGAAAUCAACCAGUAGACGAUUAUCUAUUUUGAAAGGCCCCAAGUCACCGAUGAGAAAUGCUCUUGGUGAUCUAGACCCAAACUCUGAUGCUGUUGAAGAUGUUCAGUGUCGACAAGAAUUCAAGAAGUCAAAGCGCCUGUCAAGAAGAGUAAGUUUUGCCGAGACUUAUGAAGUCAAGGAGUAUUUAAAAGAUGCAGAUGCACUCAGUAUGGGAAUGUGGCAUCAGAGAGAUGGUUCAGCGGAGAAUGUUCCUGAAAAUGAAACAGAUCAGGCUCAACGCGCUAUCUCAGGAGAUUCCACUCAAAAUUUAUCGAGAGCUGAAGUGCAACAUCCUCCUCAAAUUCAAGGCCUGGAGUCAUUACUGUCAGGACAAAUAAAAAACCCUGUAGCAUUAUACAACACCCAAGAUAGUCAAGAGAAUGCAUAUUAUGACAGUAAGACAGAUGUUGGUGGAAACAUGGUGGAAGACAAUAAAACAGAUUCACAGUAUCUGUCAAAAGACCCUGAAGCUGAGAAUCAAAGCAAAAUUGACAGCUCCAUGUUCACAAAGAAGUUCAUAAGUAAAAUAGAUGGGUCUAUGUUCUUGAAGAAACUCAUGAAUGAUGGGGAGAGCACAUCUAUGAGUACUGGUAGAGGAAUUAGUAGUUACCAACAAAGUUGUAUCAGCCAAGUGCAAGAAGAUGUUCCCUCCGAUGACUGUACAGUUCAUUUCAAAACAUCAGAAAAUGACAUGGAUAUAACCAGAUGUCAAGAUACCACAGCUACUCUGCCCUAUACGGUCUUUCCUCCUGAUACUGGUGGACUUCCACUCUCUGAUAUUAAAAAAGAUCAGCUUAUUGACCGGAAUGAUACCAUUGAACCAAAUAUGACAAUGGAGUUUACACAGUGCCAUGGUAGCAGUCUUCAAAGUGAUGUUGUCCCCACUAUGCAGUAUCCCAGUAGUGCUGAAGACCAUACAGUUCAUUUCAGAGCAGCAGAAAACGACAUGGAUAUAACCAGAUGUCAGGAUACCACAGCUUCUCUGCCCAAUGUAGCCUUUUCUCAUGGUCAUACACUCACUGGUAAUAAACAAGUUCAGCAGUUUCCAGAAAGUGCUGGGGCCGAUACUGUUGUCUCUGAUGACCAUACAGUUCAUUUCAGAGCAGCAGAAAACGACAUGGAUUUAACCAGAUGUCAGGAUACCACAGCUUCUCUGCCCAAUGUAGCCUUUUCUCAUGGUCAUACACUCACUGGUAAUAAACAAGUUCAGCAGUUUCCAGAAAGUGCUGGGGCCAAUACAGUUGUCUCUGAUGACCAUACAGUUCAUUUCAGAGCAGCAGAAAACGACAUGGAUAUAACCAGAUGUCAGGAUACCACAGGUACUCUGCCCUACACCGAAUUUCAUUCUGUUACUAAUGACAAUACUCUACCUGGCAAUAAAACAGUGCAGCAGCAUCCUGACAGUGCUAGAGACUGGUUUCCCACUUCCACAAAUCCAUGCAACAAAUCUGAAAACCAGCAGCAAAAUUUGCCACUCAAAAUAUUUAAUUCCAAAAAUAUUAUGGCAAAAUUUGAUCAAUCUCUAGAAGCAAGGCUGCCCUCUCAAAACUACUCAAAUUAUUCACUUGGAAGUAACCCUGAGGACCGUAGAAGGCGUUUCUCUACUGGACGCAAGUUCUCAGAUCAGACUGAGCCUUUGGAAAAUGUAGAAAUCGAAGGGUCAACUGUUCCUGAGUUUGCUUCAGAUACUACCCUUCAUUUAGAUCAGACCAUGGAUAUCACACUCUGUAAUUCCACUGGCAUACUGGAGUCCACAAAUACCAUCAUGCAUGCACUUGAUAAAGAAAUAGCAGAUAGAGAAUUUAAAAGUAGUGUGCAGGUGGGUAUGGAGCAGAAGCAAUUUAUAGCUGAUGGUGAAAAGGCUGAGCUGGAUUCUGAUGGUAAGACACGCAAUUUUACAUCCGAGGACAUCACUGGCUGCAUGGAAAUGACUACAUGUGUUGGAAGUAUUGUUUCUGAGAAGCCGCAAGAUAUAUCAAAAUUACAGGCACUGAGUCGGCGAAUGAGAAGGAUCAGUAACAUCUCACAAGACCCUGACAAAACACGUGUGUUCACAUUUGAUGAUGACACAGCAGCGAUGGAGUUUACAACUUGUAACAGUUAUAUUCCAAUUCAGUCAAGCAGUAGUGGCUCUAUUGCCCAUGCAAAAAGACAAGAUUUGUGCCCUGUUGGACCUGCUGAACAGACCAUGAUUUUUGAAGAGGAUAAUGGAAUGGAUAUGACAUGUGCCACAGUACAUGUUGAUGUUCCUAGUUUGAUAACAUCUGAUCGCACUGCUUGCAACAUUAAUGUUGCUUCAUCGUUACAUGAUGAACAUGGUCAAGCUAUGUCUAUGCUAGAAGACUAUCACAUGGGUGAGCCCAACUCGAGUGUCCAGGCAGCUAAAGAUGGGAAUUCCAGCAUAGACAACUGCCACGAUAAAACACAUGUUUUUUCUGACGAUACUGCAGCUAUGGAAAUGACCGCUGUGAUGGAAUCCACUGAUCAGAUCAAACAGUCAACACUGUCAGAGAAUUAA